AUGCUGCGCGUCUCCCUUUUCCGGGCUGGCCCAGCUGCCAGGCCAUUGGUCCGCGCCACCGCCGUCGUCCGUCCGCAAUGGCACCCAGCCCACCAGCAACGCUUCUAUGCCAACGAUAAAAAGGCGGGCGAGGGCGAGACGGCGGUUCCGAACCCUGCACCGGCCGUCACGCCUUCGCUGAGUCCCUCGAAUGCUUCACCUGUACAAGACGCCACGAUUGUCGCCUCGGAUAUGCCCAAGCCACCGCCAGCGCCCACGCACGUAGCCCCCGGCGCAUCACGCGACGCUCCCGCCAUCCAGCCUGCAACAACACCGCCGACGGGGCCUGGUUUAGCAAGUGUGGCGCCUGAUCCGAUCAAGCCCAAAAAGAAGAGGAAGAUAUUCCGCAAGCUCCUACUGUGGCUGACGAUACUGUCCGGCCUGGGCUACGCGGGCGGUGUUUGGUAUUCGCUGGUGUCGGACAACUUCCACGACUUCUUCACCGAGUAUGUGCCGUUUGGUGAGGAUGCGGUUGCCUACUUCGAGGAGCGCGAGUUCCGCCGGAGGUUUCCGGGCCGCGCUGGCCAACCACGACUGCACCCCCAGAUCUCGGGCGAGAACAAGGUGACCAUUCCGGGCAAGAGCGGACUGACGGCGCGCGUGGCCCAGGACGAAGGUGCUGAUCUCGCGACCACAAAGGGGCCUCAUGUGAGUGCUGUGACCGACGACAAGCUCAGGCCAGGCUCGGCGGCUGGAGAGGCACCAAAGGUCGAGUCGGACACGCCAACGGGCAAGGCACCGCCCACGCAGACGUCGUCGCCGGUCAAGGAAGCCGAGCCAGCAGCGGCCAUUGCCCAACUCGAUCACCUCAAUGUCCCUUCGGCAACGGAGCCGGUGGUCCAGGACGUGGUCAAGAUCGUCAACGACAUCAUCACAGUCAUCAACGCUGACAACACCCACAAUGGUCGCUACAACUCGGCGCUCGACAAGGCCAAGUCUGAGCUUGCCAAGGUUGUCGCCGACAUCAACGCCUUGAAGGAGGGCCUUCAAAAGAGCGCCGAAGAGAAGAUCAAGGCUGCUCAUAAUGAGUUCGAGGCAGCCGCCAAGGAGCUUGUCCAGCGAUUAGAUCACCAGAUGCAAGAGCAGGAGACCCAUUGGAAGGAGGAAUACGAGAACGAGCGUGAGCGUCUCUCCAAGACCUACCACGAGAAGAUUCAGGCCGAGCUUGAAGCCGCUCACAAGGUGUAUGAGCAGAAGCUGAAGAACCAACUUCUCGAGCAAAGCAUCCAGCUACAAAAGAACUUCACUGCCAACGUCCGCGAACGCGUCGAAGCAGAACGUGACGGUCGCCUCGGCAAGCUGAAUGAACUCUCCUCGUCAGUGCACGAGCUUGAGAAGCUGACUGCAGAGUGGAACCAAGUCGUGGACGCCAAUCUCAAGACACAGCAUCUUGUUGUGGCUGUGGAAGCCGUCAAGUCUGCGCUCGAAACACAACUCACACCCAAGCCUUUUGUCAUGGAACUUGCCGCACUCAAGGAGAUUGGCGCAGAUGACCCCGUUGUCAGCGCCGCCAUAGCCAGUAUCAACCCCGCUGCUUACCAGCGCGGCAUCCCCAGCUCUGCCCUUUUAAUUGACCGCUUCCGCCGUGUUGCGGCAGAGGUGAGGAAAGCUGCACUGCUCCCGGAGGAUGCAGGCGUGGCUUCGCACCUUGCCUCUCUCGCUAUGUCUAAGGUUCUCUUCAAAAAAUCCGGAUUGGCGGUUGGCGGUGAUGUCGAGGCUGUACUUGCACGGACAGAGAUACUUCUUGAAGAGGGGGAUCUUGACGCCGCAGCACGUGAGAUGAAUGGUUUGCAAGGAUGGGCAAAGGUGUUAAGCAAGGAUUGGCUGAGUGAGUGCAGGAGGGUAUUAGAGGUCAGGCAGGCAUUGGAUGUCAUCGCUACGGAGGCGAGAUUGAAUAGCCUGCUCAUUGAUUGA